UUUAAAAAAUUUUCUCUGCAACUUAAAAGAGAUUAUCAAUGGCUGGCAAAGGUGAGGGUCCGGCAAUCGGCAUAGAUCUUGGCACUACGUACUCGUGCGUUGGCGUUUGGCAACAUGACCGGGUUGAGAUUAUUGCUAAUGAUCAAGGGAACAGAACCACACCUUCCUAUGUUGCUUUCACUGAUAGUGAGCGAUUGAUUGGCGACGCUGCUAAGAACCAGGUUGCCAUGAACCCUAUUAACACUGUCUUUGAUGCAAAGCGGUUGAUUGGAAGGAGGUUCAACGACGCUUCGGUCCAAAGCGAUAUGAAGUUGUGGCCAUUCAAGGUUACCCCUGGUGCGGCUGACAAGCCUAUGAUCACUGUCUCAUACAAAGGCGAAGACAAGAUGUUCGCAGCUGAAGAAAUCUCAUCUAUGGUUCUCAUGAAGAUGAAAGAAACAGCCGAGGCCUAUCUAGGUUCCACUGUGAAGAACGGCGUCGUUACCGUCCCUGCAUAUUUCAAUGACUCCCAGCGUCAGGCCACCAAAGAUGCAGGCGUCAUUGCAGGCCUCAAUGUCAUGCGAAUCAUCAACGAACCUACCGCUGCCGCCAUCGCUUAUGGACUCGACAAGAAAGCUGGCAGUGCCGGAGAGAAGAAUGUGCUCAUCUUCGAUCUCGGCGGCGGCACCUUCGAUGUCUCUCUUUUGACAAUCGAAGAGGGUAUUUUUGAAGUCAAAGCCACUGCUGGUGAUACACACCUUGGAGGGGAAGAUUUUGAUAAUAGGAUGGUGAACCAUUUCGUGCAAGAGUUCAAGAGGAAAAACAAGAAAGACAUAAGUGGAAACCCUAGGGCUUUGAGGAGAUUGAGGACUUCAUGUGAAAGAGCAAAGAGGACUCUUUCAUCCACCGCUCAAACCACCAUCGAGAUCGAUUCCUUGUAUGAAGGGAUCGAUUUUUACUCGACGAUCACUCGAGCUCGAUUCGAGGAGCUUAACAUGGACCUGUUCAGGAAAUGUAUGGAGCCAGUGGAGAAAUGUUUAAGGGAUGCUAAGAUGGAUAAGAGUACCGUGCAUGAUGUUGUUCUCGUUGGUGGAUCUACCAGGAUUCCCAAGGUUCAAUCGCUAUUGCAGGACUUCUUUAAUGGAAAAGAACUCUGCAAGAGCAUCAACCCCGAUGAGGCCGUCGCCUACGGUGCGGCCGUACAAGCCGCCAUUUUGAGCGGUGAAGGCAACGAAAAGGUUCAAGAUUUGCUCCUUUUGGAUGUCACGCCGCUUUCUCUAGGGCUCGAAACGGCUGGUGGUGUAAUGACCGUUCUUAUUCCAAGGAACACUACAAUUCCGACCAAAAAGGAACAAGUUUUCUCUACUUAUUCAGACAACCAACCUGGUGUUUUGAUUCAGGUUUAUGAAGGUGAAAGAACGCGGACAAGGGACAAUAACUUGCUCGGAAAAUUCGAGCUCUCCGGCAUCCCACCAGCUCCGAGAGGUGUCCCUCAGAUCACUGUUUGUUUCGACAUCGAUGCCAAUGGCAUUCUGAAUGUCUCGGCUGAGGACAAAACAACAGGGCAAAAGAACAAGAUCACAAUCACCAACGACAAGGGCAGGCUCUCCAAGGAAGAGAUUGAAAAAAUGGUCCAAGAAGCUGAGAAAUACAAAUCAGAGGACGAAGAACAUAAAAGAAAAGUGGAGGCUAAGAAUGCAUUGGAGAACUACGCGUAUAACAUGAGGAACACUGUGAGGGAUGAGAAAAUUGGUGCUAAGUUGAAUCCGGCUGACAAGAAAAGCAUUGAGGAUGCAGUUGAGCAGGCCAUCAAUUGGCUGGAUAGUAACCAGUUAGCCGAAGCUGAUGAGUUCGAGGAUAAGAUGAAGGAGCUUGAAAACUUGUGUAACCCCAUUAUUGCCAAAAUGUACCAAGGCGGUGGUGGUGAUCCGGUCGGCGGAAAGAGCAGCGAUGCCCCUCCGGCUUCCGGAAGCGGAGCUGGUCCCAAGAUCGAGGAGGUUGACUAAGAAUGAACAAGUCGUUUCAGUGUUUUUUGUUCUUCUGUUGGGAUUUUAAGGAAUCCUGAAUAGGAUUUUGAGGGCACUAAUAACUAAGUAGGAUCAUGUUUUGGUUUGGGUUUCAUUUUUCA